AGAGAGAGAGAGAGAGAGCUAGUUCCCUUCCUACCCCGCGUGACAGUGACCUUACCUCCCUUCCCUCCUCACAUUUCCUCCAUUUCCUCCACAUUUAGCAGAACAAGUGCAAGGUCCACACAAACAGCCGUCCCUUGUGUGUGUGUGUGUGUGUGUGGGUGUGUGUGUGUGUGCGUCUAUGCGUGUGUACAUGUGUGCGUUGCUUUGCGUUGACCAGCUAACCGUGGUGGUGUGGCUGUGUGGCUGUGAGGGCGACCGCGGCUGUGGUGGUGGUGGCGCCAUGGUUGUAUUUCCACACCACCACCACCAACACCACCACCACCACUAACAGGAUAUAUACACCAUUCCGCCACCAUCAUCACCAUCAGCAUCUCCGCACCUGUUUAUUAAGGGCAUGCAGUGAGGAUGACGCGGACAGGGGGCCAUGGCGGGGGAGGCGGCGGGGGCAGCAGCAGUAGUGGCGGGGGCCUCAGCGGGGGUGGGGGGUGCGCGCCGCGGCCCCUCAACGCCGUGCAGCUGGAGCACCCCUCGCACACCGGCACGCUGCUCUACGGCCUCAACGCCCUCCGCUGCAAGGGGCUGCUGCUGGACGUGACGCUCAGGGCCGGCGGCCAGGCCUUCACGGCCCACCGCGUGGUGCUGGCGUCCUGCAGCGACUACUUCCGCGCCAUGUUCACGGACGAGAUGCGGGAGCGCGGGCAGGCGGAGAUCAGCCUCAACGGGGUGAGCGCGGCGGGCCUGCACUGCCUGCUGGAGUACGCCUACACCAGCAGGCUGUCCCUCAACCUGGCCAACGUUCAGGACGUGCUGGCCGCCGCGGCGCACGUGCAGGUGCUCACCGUGGUGGAGGCCUGCUCCAACUACCUGCAGGCCCAGCUGGACCUGGACAACUGCGUGGACGUGGCCACCAUCGCCGAGACGUACUCGCUGCACGGGCUGCGGCGCCGCGUCUACGCCUUCAUGAGCUCCCACCUGCACCUACUGAGCAAGAUGCCGGACUUCCAGCGGCUGACGGUGGUGCAGCUGCUGCACCUGUUGUCCUGCGACUACCCGGUGGACUGCAGCGAGGGCCAGGUGCUGCUGACCGUGGCGGGCUGGCUGGCCCACGCCCCCGCCGAGCGUGGACGCCACGCCCCCGCCCUGCUGCGAGCCCUCAACCUGCACGAGGUGCCGCCCCACGCCCUGGAGCACGCCGCGCGCCUGCCGGGCCUGGCCGAGCCGCUGCGGGCCGUGCAGCGGGCCCUGGGCCUGGGGCGCGGCGGCGGCGGUACCCCGGCGCCGCCCACGGGCCUGGUCAACUCCCGCGGGCUGGAGCUGGCGGUGGUGAAGGUGGGCGGCUUCAGCAUCGGCGGCAUCACCAACGAGAUCACGUACUUCCUGCCGUCCGCCGGCCGCUGGCGCCACCUGACCACCAUCCCGCACGUGGAGCAGUGCAACUACGGCACGGCGGUGCUGGCCAACCAGCUCUACGUCAUCGGCGGCUGCUUCAACCAGGCGCUGCAGGAGAACAUCCACCCCUUCGGCUUCCGCUACAACCCGCACCACAACAAGUGGACCACCAUGGCGCCCAUGCACCGCGAGCGAUGCCGCUUCUCCCUCACCGUGCUGGCGGGUCUGCUCUACGCCGUGGGCGGCGCCUCAGAGGCCGCAGACGACGGCGCCGCCGAGGACGAGAGUCUGUGCGAGGCGUACAACCCCGCCACGGACGCCUGGACGCCCGUGGCGGGGCUGCCAGGCGCGCGGGCGCAGCACGGGGCGGCGGCGCUGGACGGGCUGCUGUACGUGACGGGCGGCCUGGAGGGCGAGCGCGUGCUGGCCUCCUGCUACGCCUACAGCCCCGCGGCGGGCACCUGGCUGCCGCACGCAUCCAUGCUGACGCCGCGCGCCGACCACGCCUGCGUGACGCACGCGGGGCGCCUGUACGUGUGCGGCGGCUGGUACGAGGAGGAGGCGGGCAACACGCGCGUGCUGGCGGACACGGUGGACUGCUACGACCCGCGCGCCGACGCCUGGAGCGUGGUGACGCGCGUGCCCACGCCGCGCUACCACGCCGGCAUCCUGGUGGUGGACGGCAAGCUCUACGUGGUGGGCGGCUUCCACUCCGACGCCACCUUCGACCGCGCCACGGGCGUCAUCGAGUGCUACGACCUGGAGGCGGGCCGCUGGGGCACGGAGCAGCCCUACCCGCAGGACAUCUGGGAGCACGUGUGCGUGCCGCUCUACGUGCCGCGCUGCCGCGACGACAUGGACGUGCUGGCCACGGGGAAGUAGUGCCCCCCCCCCCGACACACAGGCGGACGUGUUAUAGGAACCUGAAGGCGCCCGCACUAAUCCUGUGCUCCUGUCUUGGGUUCAGCUGUCCUCACACACACCCUUCCUGCGACGGCUGAUUUCUUUCCACUCUCCUUCCUCCUCUCGUGGAUUUGCUGCUGGAUUCUGAGCAGGUCGGCGUUCACCUUGUCCCGCUGCUCAGUGAGGGCACUCACCUUUCCUCCCCUCUCCUCCACUCCUUGGAACACACUGUCCGUGAACACCAAGAAGCCAUUGACCAAGGCAAAGAAUCUCUUGCUCCUCUUAGGCCUAGGGUUGAAGAUCUCUUCAACCCUAAGCCUAAGGUCAUAUUGUGAUGUGUAAAUAUAUUGGGUUGAAGAGAUCCACCUGCCUGAAUGUGUCGUCCUCAAACAUCAGCUUGAACCCUUCCAGCUGUGUACAGCCAGCACAUGGCUCCCAGGCACUCCUUGGGGCUCUGAGUGGAGUCCAGCUGGGGCGGGAUCUGGGAACAUUUUUCAAGGUUGACUCCAGUAUCCUUCAGGAAGUUAAGAUCUAUCUCUUGUACCAAAUCAGGCUUGAGUUGAUGCAGAUCCUGAACGCUUAUCUUCUUGUCCCAGAUGCUGCCUAUGACCUUGACGAAGUGCUCAUCAGAGUGCCCAUUCAUGACGGUGCUGGAGGCUUGGGACGCCCGGGGAUGUCUGAAGCCUGUGCUGGAUGGCCUGGAUAGCUAGUAUUAGCCCCCCCCCCCCCCCUCUUUUUUUUUCUUUUUUUUAAGACAAGGGAGACAGCUCAAGGGCACACACAAAAAGGAAACAAUAAUAAAAGAAAGCCCGCUACUUGCUGCUCCUAAAAAGAAUCCAAAGAUGUGGCUGAAAGAGAGGUCAGUUUCGGAAGGAGAGGUGUCCAGAUAUCCUAACACUUUGGCAGCCCCUCCUCAGUGUUUGGAUACAGCAGCGCCGCCCAGACCAACACACACAGGCGUCUCCACAGGUGUCUUAAGGGGCUAUUACACUGGGCAAAUUUUCCGUGGAUCUUCAGUCAAACCACGAUUUCCGCUGGCGUGGUUUUCUGACAUGUCCACGAUCUUCCAAAGCUACGGUAGAUUUCACCGAAGGACGACGGUAUCACUCACCAUCAUCAUCAGCAGAAAUAACAAGAAACAAAUGAGAACCACACUAGCGGAAAUCAUGGUUUGACUGAAGGUCCACGGAAAAUUUGCCCAGUGUGACAGCCCCUUUACCCAGCGAUAGGCCACAGGUGUGAAAGGCUCUUCAAGACAACCUGCCGUGCUCAAGACAACUGAUUCAGGUUACGAGUGAACCAUGAAACCAGACACAGAAGGUGGGAGUGGUAGGUAAAGCAAAUGAGUUAUAUAAUGAAUAAAUUUAAAUAUACCAAGGAACACAAAGGGAGAGUUUCACAGUUCCCCAUGAUCGGUUAGUAAGCUCCCAAACCAAUACCAGAGCCCUCGAAAUUUCCUCGUAUAGUGUCUGGUGUUUAUAUUAACGUCCACAAAUUUGAUGAAACUAUACAGGAAAAGUCUCGUGUAUUUACUGUGGCAUCGAAGAUCUCCCCAUUUUGGAUUGUAUGGGAUUCUAGAGUUUGGUUCGGGCUGUUACGAAGACACUGUGUUGGGCUGUGGAAUCGGCUCAAAGUGAAAAGUUGUUUGGUGGGUGAAAAGAGAUGACGCAUGCGAUAUGGAUGGAUAGUGUGACAGAAGAAGGUUUUGUUAGGUUAAGAAAAUGAGUAAAAUAAUGAACAAAUGUAAAUAUACCGGGGAACGCAAAGUAGAAAAUGGUUUGGUGGGUGAAAAGUAGAUGAAAAAUGUGAUAUAGAUUGAUGGUGUGACAGGACGAAACAAAAUAAAACAAAAAAAUGGAGAAACAGAAGUUGGAGAAAUUGAGACUGAAGGAAAAUGGAAAAAACAGGGACAGGAAAAUGACAGAAAAACAGAAGAUGGAGAAGAAAUAAAACAGGAAAACAGGGAAAACAUGACGAUGAAGAAAUAAAACAGGAAAAAAACAGGGAAAACAUGACGAUGAAGAAAUAAAACAGGAAAAAAACAGGGAAAACAUGACGAUGAAGAAAUAAAACAGGAAAAAAACAGGGAAAA